AUGUGGUGUUUUUCCUCGGGCCCCAAUGUUCCAGCCAUUCGAACAAAAGUAUGGUCCAAUGUUUCAUAUUUUACGGUAUUAGGUUGCAGGCAUUAUUCCCGUUCCGUGCAACCUUCUUCCGCAGUACGCGUACGUUUCGCUCCAAGUCCAACAGGAGGUCUUCACCUUGGAGGUUUGAGGACUGCGUUAUUUAAUUUUCUGUUGGCAAAGAGAACGGGUGGUACUUUUAUUUUGAGAAUUGAGGACACGGAUAAAGCUCGAUGUAUUCCUGGUGCUGUGGAAAGUAUGAUAUCCACUUUAUCGUGGGCUGGCUUGGACUACGACGAGGGUCCUGGUAAGAACAUGCAUUACGGUUCCUGUUACCAGUCCGAAAGGAUAGAGAUAUAUAAGCAUUACAUCGACCGACUUCUUAAGGAUGGAAAUGCCUACAGAUGCUUUUGCUCUCCCGAGAGGCUUCAUCAAGUGAGAACACUUGCUCAAAAAAACGGCAAAGGAGUUGCAUACGAUCGCCAUUGCCUGUACCUGAGCCAAAGCGAAAUUGACGAAAACUUAUCACAGGGUGUCCCCUUCACAAUUCGUUUAAAGAUGCCGGAUGGCAUCGUCACCGUAAGAGACCUAGUCUAUGGCAAUGUGGAAUUUAAUGAGAAGCACAUCGAUGACGCGAUUCUUUUGAAAAGCGACGGAUAUCCAACAUAUCAUCUAGCGAAUGUUAUUGACGACCAUUUGAUGGGCAUCACUCACGUCUUGCGUGGAGAGGAAUGGCUUCCCUCUACUCCCAAACAUGUUGUGCUAUACAAAACUUUGAAUUGGAGUAUGCCCGAAUUCGUGCACCUUCCAUUAUUGCUGAACCCAGAUAAAUCAAAGUUAUCAAAACGGUCAGGAGAUGUUAAAGUUGAAGAUUUUGCGAAAAAGGGAUAUUUACCAGAAGCUUUGAUAAAUUUCGUUGCAUUGUUAGGAUGGAGUCCUCCUGGAUCUAGGAACGAUGUUUUUACACUAAGUGAAUUGAUAUCCAAGGUAUUUGUUUAUCAAGGAUUUAAAAUAUCCGUGUGGAGAAGGUUGAUUUUAUCUCAGUUUUCACUAGAUCACGUUGGUCGUUCGGGUGGCAUCGUGUCGCAUGAUAAACUUGAUUUUUUGAACAAGCAUCACAUAUUCAUCAAAUCUGAAUCUCCGCAAGGAUUAACACAGCUGGUUUCUAUGCUAAAACCAUUGGUGGAAGGAAAAUAUCGGAAGUGUUUAGAACUGACAAACGAGGAUUACAAGCUCGAAGAUGGUUAUCUGGCACUCGUCAUUAAGACCAUUAUAAAACGAAUCCAAAAUAUACACGAUAUCCCGGAAUUGUGUGGAUAUUUCUUUGUCGACCCUGACUACUCGUCAUCGGAAUCAAUGGAAGUUAGAACAGAAAUCUCGAAUGAUUCAUUGAAAUCAGUAGCUUCGAUUGCGUUGGAACAGAUCAAAGCUCUCGACGAAAUAGAAUUCGAGGAGGACAAAAUUAAAGAGAUUGUUCACAGCGUGGUCACGAGCACAGGAAUUAAAAAACCUAAGGUGAUGACGAUUAUGAGAUAUAUUUUUACUGGAAUAAAGAUUGGGGCAGGAGUAGCAGGCACGAUGAAAACGAUUGGAAAGGAGGCAUCUUUACGACGUAUUAACAAGGUUUUAGAAUCUUUCGACUCAAAUAUUAAAGCUUAA